AAUUGGAUAAAGUGGAAGUGGGAAGCAACUGCCGCCAGCCGUUGACCCGCAAUUCACACGCCAACUGAUGGACGAGGCGCGAACGGCGGUUUCCAGUCGACGGCGAUGUUGGGGAGCAGGAGGAGGAGCGAGAGUAUCACUUGACGUUGAUGGACCUCAUGUCAUCGUUCAGCGGCGGGAGUGGUGCGACAGACGACCGAGAUGCUCUUGCUGCCGAGCUCAAAGUCUACCGAUCGAUGCUUGACCAGCAUCGCAAGCAGCUCGAGGUGGCAGAGGCGGCUCUUGCUGCCGAACGUGAGUCAAACCAUGACCUGCGCCGCGAGGUCGAGGCGCUGCGGAACUCUGAACACGGCUCGGGCUUGUUCUCGUGGUCGUGGGGCGCAGACGGUGGGGGCGGAGAGCGUGAGGCCCGGCGGCUGCACGCUCGAGUUACUGAGCUCGAAGCCAAGUUGGCUGCAGCGAGGGCGGAGAUUGCGCGGGCGCAGAGUGCAGCGGCGCGGCGGAGUGGAGGUGAGGGCGCCGGGGCGGGACGCGGCGGAAGCGGCGAUGAUGCGGCCGACGAGCUGGCAUCACUGCGGAAGCGGCUAGACUUGGAAGAGCGACGGCAUGAGGCAAGCUUGGAACUCUUGGCGCAGGCCCGCGAUCCUGUUUUUGCAUCGGGCGCCGUGGGCGAGUCGGAGAUGGCGCAACGGCUUGAGGCUGAGAGCGCGAUCAAGAUGAAGUUCUUUGCGCUGGCCAAGGAGCGUGACGAGCUGGCCAAAGACGAUGCAGCUAUGUACGAGCGGCGAAUUGUGGCACUCGAGGGGCGGGUUGCCGAGCUGGAGGCUGAGCUGGCUGCUGAUUCCGGACGGACGUCGCUCAACUCGGCGCUCCGCGACGCGCAGCGCAAGCUGCUGGAGACGGCUAUUGCCCGCGACGCGCUGCGCAACGCAGACACCGAUGAGCUGGAGGAGGCUGUUCAGGCGCGGGUUGCCCAGCUUCUCAACGACGCGCUCCGCAUGCACAUCUCCGUCCCCAACACACUCGACAGCUUGCCAGCAUCGCCUGGCGAGCCGAGUACAGCGGCAGCGCCCGCCUCCGCCGCAGACAUGGCCGCGCUUGAAGACGCCGCUGCAAACGCGACGGCGGAGCUGGAAGCCGCCCGCGAGACCAUUGCCGGCCUCGAGGACGACGUCGAGCACUUGGAAGGCAUCAACGCGAGCCUGCGUGCGCAGCUGCAGGCCGCGCGCGCCGCGUCAGCUGACGUCUCACAACUCCAGUCGAAUGCCAGCUUUGUGGAUCCGGAGCUGCUCGAGACUGAGAACGAGCUUCUUGAAAAGCUCCUCCGUGCCCAGGCCCAGAUCGACUCUGCGCUGGACAGGUCCCAGGCCAUGUCGCCCCGGCGGUCGCGCACUGCUGCGCGCUAGAUGCUGGAAGCAGGUAAAGACGGCUACAGUACGAA